GGAGGAAGCGAGUUCGAAAUUCGAAAACGCAAACUGGACGAUGGAUAUGAACUGUCAAAAGAUUAGAUCUCAAUUGGAUUCGGGUUGUUGUGAUCGUGUUCGGUGCGAGUUUGUGGUUUUGUUUUCUCCUCGCAGAGGAAGUGAAGUUAUUUUGAAAGUAUAAUCAUAAGUUUGGUUGAUGAAUAUUGAUGGCGUUUGACUGAGUGAAUGCCGAAAUUUGUACGAGAAAAGCGAUCAUUGUUCUGUUGGAAGUGACUCUGUUGGUGCUGGAUUUGAGUGAUAUCCGCAAUGUACUUAAUCCUCGGCAUCGUAUUAAUCCUGACUUACGUACUAUGGACACUACUGGACCGACGUGGUAAACCCCCGGGCCCAUUCGGUUUACCGAUCCUCGGAUAUCUGCCCUUCAUCGACUCCAUCAAACCGUACGAAACGCUUACGAACCUUGCCAAACGCUACGGCCCCGUCUACAGCCUCCGGAUGGGCCAGGUGGAUGCAGUCGUUCUCAUCGCGCCGGACCUCAUUCGGGACACGCUCAAGCGGGAGGAAACAACCGGAAGGGCCCCGCUCUUCAUCACCCACGGGAUAAUGGGAGGACAUGGACAUCAAAAUCGCCGGCUACAAGGUAUCGAAAAACACCAUGAUCAUCCCCCUACUAUGGUCCGUCCACAUGGACCCCUCACUGUGGCCCAAUCCGGACCGCUUCGAUCCGGAACACUUCCUGGACGAAUCGGGCCAGUACUCCGCCCCGGCCCAUUUUAUGCCGUUCCAAACCGGCAAGCGGAUGUGCCUCGGAGACGAACUGGCCCGCAUGAUCCUAUUGCUGUACACCGGGCGCCUAUUUUGGCACUUCGAACUGGACGUGUUCAACGGGGAGGGGCUGGAUUUGACGGGGGUUUGCGGAAUAACCCUCACCCCGCCGCCGUUCGAGAUCAUUUUCAAGGAACGUGUGUGAUAGAAGUGAAGUGAAUUAAUAAAACUGUGGGGUUUUUCAUUGAAA